AUGUGCGGCUCCUGCAACUGCAUGACGGAGUGGAACUACGAUGGCGAUGCCGACGGGGUUAUGGAGUCGUACGAGGGCUGCAGUGCCACCGCCGACUGGAACCAGACGUGGUGCUACGUGCAGGGCGGCUCCAACUGUGACCAGGCCUUGGACUCCACCGUGGUCGGCGAGACGCGCAAGUGGCUCGAGUGCACCCCGUCGACCCUUUCACCGACGCCAGCACCAGACAUCGAGAGUGCCUCAGGCGUUGGAGAGCCGACCAUGACCGCCGCCAUCUUCGCGAUUAUUCUUUCGACCGCCUGUGCGUGA